AUGUUAGUUUAAGCAGAAUUAAAUAACCUAAAGACGAUUUAGGAGUUAAAGAAAUGUUUGAAGAAGCUGAAAAUGAAGCAAAAGAUCUAAAUGAAUAAGGAAUUAUUAAACAUUAUUAAAAAAGUUAAAAACGGUAAAGUGAUGACAUCAAGAGAAGUUAGAGAGUUUAAAGAUGAUUAAGAAAAAAAAUAAAAAAAAAUUUAAAAAUUAAAAACAGAUCUUAAAGAUAGAAAAAACAUAACUUUAAAAAAUCCAGAACCUUUAACUGAAAAAGAACUAAAAAUGAAAAGAGAAAUUGAUUAAUAAAUAGAUAUUUAAGGGGAAGUAGAGAAAUAGAUAAAGAAAACAUAAAUUAAAGAACCAAGAAAUCCUUAGAAAGUUUAAAAGACUUCUAUUUAAGAGCCAGAUUUAGGUGAGUUCAUAUUUGCAGAGGCAGAAUUGCCAUAAUAUAAAGGAGAGUAUGAAGAGGAAUAAAGAAUGGGAUUUCGAGAAUAAGUUGAAUAGGAAAUAAAGGAAUAAAUAUUAAUGUAGAAGAAAAAAAGACCAGCCGUAAGAGAGCUCGUAAACCUUAAGAAGGAGAGAAAGGUCCAAAAUAUAGGAAAGAGCAAAAGUUUGUAAGUUAGCCUAGAUAUCCUGUGUUUCAUGAUUUAGGAGAAGUACAAUUAUUGGAAGAUGAUAUGUAUAACGCUUAGCAUUCAAAAUGGACUCCAUAUACAGGAAAAUUAAUUGAUAAUAGUAGUGAUGAAGAAGAUGAUAAAGAUUUUUUAGAGAAAACAACAGUUUAAUUGAGAUCAAACCUUAAAAAAGGAAAGGAAAAUGUUGGUUCAUAAAAAACUUAUUCAAAAUCUGUAUAAGGGAAGAAGAGCGUUUAUUUGAGGGAAGCUGAAAGCGAGAAAAAAGAUAUUGGAAAUCAAUAUCUAACAGAUUAGAAGGAAUAAUUAAUGAGAAUAAUUUAAAAGUAAUUUGUAAAUUAAUUUAUAGUUAAAAAGGUAGAGGAUAAAUGACAAGUGAUGAUGAUGAUUCAGAUAUUGAUUUAUGUAAAGCUUAUUCAACAUAGAUUUGGUUGGCAACAGAUCCAAUGAAAUGUGAUGUAUUUAUAAUGCCAUCUAAAGAGUUAAUGGAUUUGCCUCAUAUAUAAUUAUGA